AUGAAGGGAGAGUGCAAGUAUUUUGCUAGUGCAACAGCAAGUAAUAGGCUUGCCCUACCGGAACGUUUGAGCAAAAAUGUGGAAACCGCUGGAAACCACGUUGUAAAAACAACACCACUGGAGUUGGAGUUUGAUGUUAACAUAUCAGAUCACGGAUACCAGCACCUAGAUUCAGAAUAUGAAAGUCAUAAAUGUGAACCAUUAAUUGAGCUUCCUGCUUCUCCUUCCCGUGAACUUGAAGAUAUUGAAGACCUUCUCAAAGAUUCUGAUCAUUGCAGUAAUUCUGGGGAGACUGACGACGAUAUACUUACUAUCAGACUUGAAAGUAAAGUCCUAAGAGAAAGUAAACCAGAAUCUGCAAAUAAGAAAAUUAUUUCAACUAAAGUAGACACAACAGAGACAUGGGAUAUUUUAAAUUUUCCGGUUCCUUCCCCGAAGCCAAUACUAAAACUUGCAGGCCGCUUAUUGACUGUGCACAAAGUCUUCGAACUUCCUGAUUCACACCCUAUAUUGGAAAGAGUGGACAGGAGGGAUCCUGAUGAUCCAUCUCCAUACCUUUUUGCAGUGUGGGAAGAGGAAGGAGAGUUAUCCGGUAAACCUAGAAGUUUGGUUUCACAAAUUUCGGAAGAUUGCAGAUCCCCAAAACCAGAAGUCUGCCAUGAAAUUGUAUGCUGCGGCUCUCCAUCCCGGAAUAUUGAGAAGCAGAAGUUACCAACUAUUUGUGGAACACUUCUGAUCCCAGUUCGUUCAGCAAAUCACGGAACCUUUCCACUUAAUGGAACAUACUUCCAGGUUAAUGAGGUAUUUGCUGAUGAUGAAUCUACUCAGACGCCAAUUGUUGUUCCAAGACAAUGGUUAUCAGGUCUUCCAAUAAGAUUUCUGUACUGUGGAAGAACUGCAACAACAACAUUCAAAGGCUUAAGUGCAGACCUUAUCCAGCAUGCGUUCUCUAAAGGUACUAAACCAUCCUUCUCUCAUACAGAAAAGUGUUACCAAUGGAAAACAAAUAAUAAAAAGACCAAAAACCAAGUUUAUCAAUUUGCUUAA